ACUCAACAUCAACAGUGAUCAGCUGACAAGUUUAGAGGAGGAGAGUUUGAGAUGGUAUCGUAACUCUGCGGCUCCCCGUCUCCUCUCAAUCUGCGAGGGUUUGUUUUUUUUACACUAAUAAAUUUGUUUCCCGCUUCGGUUCCCCACCCACAAUGAGCAUCAACAACGAUGUGGACGUGGUCCGUGAACGCACCGCCCAGGACACCGAAGAGACUGCACCUCUGUUACAGGGAGCUGUGCUAUCCAGAGGCAGAGGUGCCUCCUUCGCCUCCUCUGUGUUUAACCUGAUGAACGCAAUCAUGGGCAGCGGCAUACUGGGUCUAGCUUAUGCCAUGGCUAGCACUGGAAUAGUUGGGUUUUGUAUCCUGUUGGUGCUGGUGUCCAGCUUGGCUGCGUACUCUAUACACCUCCUGCUGAAGCUCUGUGACCAAACAGGUAUCAAUUCAUAUGAAGACCUCGGAGGGAAAGCCUUACAAAAACCAGGAAAAGUUCUGGUUGGAAUCGCUAUUCUUAUCCAAAAUAUCGGUGCCAUGUCAUCCUAUUUGUUCAUCUUGAAGUCGGAGCUUCCUGCAGCCAUCAACAGCCUCCUGAGUGCAGACAGCCCAGGAAAUGCCUGGUAUGAGGAUGGCAGGCUGCUUCUGAUCAUAAUCACACUUUGUGUCGUUCUACCUCUGUCAUUGUUGCCUAAAAUUGGCUUCCUGGGAUACACUAGUAGUCUCGCCUUCUUAUUCAUGCUGUACUUUGCAGUUGUGGUCGUGGUCAAGAAAUGGUCCAUCCCCUGCCCACUGCCCCACAAUAUAACGUCCCUUUCAGGUGCCUUGAAGAUAUCAAAUUCCUCUGACUCAGAGUGUUCUCCAAAACUCUUCGUCAUCUCUAGUAAGAGUGCCUAUGCCAUCCCCACCAUGGCCUUCUCCUUUCUGUGCCACACGGCUGUCCUGCCGAUCUACUGCGAACUGGAUCGACCUACCAAAGCCAGGAUGCAGAAGGUCACGAAUAUCGGCAUCAGCCUCAGCUUCUUGCUGUACUUUAUUUCUGCGCUGUUUGGCUACCUCACCUUCUACGCUCACGUGGAAUCCGAGCUGCUCCUCAGUUAUGAUGCAUACUUGCCCCGGGACAUCAUGGUGAUAGCGGUUCGACUGGCCAUCCUCCUGUCUGUGCUGCUGACUGUGCCACUUAUACACUUCCCUGCCCGUAAAGCUGCAAUUUUGAUGCUUUUCGGGGGGCGUGCCUUUUCUUGGCUGAUCCACAUCGCUGCAACUCUAACCAUCCUGUGUGUGGUGCUGAUACUCGCCAUCUUUGUGCCUGAUAUCAGAAAUGUGUUUGGAGUAGUAGGAUCAACAACAUCCAGCUGCCUCUUAUUUGUCUUUCCGGGCAUCUUCUACCUCAAAAUCAGCAGGCAGCCCCUCAGGUCCUUCGACUCUGUUGGGGCUGCACUACUCGUGGUCUUUGGCGUGAUUAUGGGAGUCAUCAGUUUCUGUGUUAUCGUCAUCACAUGGGCAAAGAGCUCCUAGCCCCCUUCUGGUCUCCUCCCCCAGACCAACAACAAAACCAAAGAAAAUGAAGCGCGCACCAAACAAACUGAAAGUUGAAUAAAUAAAGGGAACAGCAUCGCCCCCAGGCAUUUAUUUAUGAUAAAAUUAUUCGACAUUUGGAAAGAACAUGAAAAAAAACAAUCUCAGCUCAAUGUUUACAUCUCCUGUACCGCACUGACCUUUGUACUGUACCAAAUUCAGGGCAAGUCUUGUCUUUUUUUUUUUUUUUCAAAUCUGAUGUGUGGGUUUGUGAUACAAAGCUGUAAAUUUACUUUAAUGUGCUUGUUUUUUCAUUUCUACUUGUUCUGUGUUUGCGAUUUUUGCACUUUAUGUAAAUUAUUGACCACCCGAUGAAGACUACAUCGAAGUUUACUGCUUUCCUAAAUUUUGUAUGUGACACUAUAUGUAUUUGUAAACACAGUGGGUUUUAUGGAUCACAUUUAUUUUUUGGGGCAUUUGUUUUGAGUGUCUUUGAGCUUUGAGCACUCUAAAAUCAGGUAAAACUAUUUCUGCUCCAUCGUCUACUGCGGUGAAUGUGAUAAAACCGGUGAUCAGUUUGUUGGUUCAUUAUAGCGCACGCCAUGUGGGCCUAAUUUAGAAUGAUGUGUUAGAUUGUAUCAAAUUGCCAGCACUUGAUAAAAGAGACGUUGUUUAUGUAAUGA